UACUUAUUUUGUCGUGAGGGAUGUUAAGAAUGGAUUGAUCGAGUGAUUUCAGUCGGAAAAUGUAAUCACCAAUCCCGAAUCGCAAAAGUCUUCAGCGACUCCGCUUCAGCGGCGUGGAUGGAAAAGUGCGACCGAGGGCAGAGGGCAAAGGUCAAAGGCGACGCAGGCACCGGGCAUCAUCAAUGCGGUCACGCACGCUCCAUUUGACCGACCGACCGGCCGGCCGUCCGAAAACAAUCAAACGCUCGCCGGCGCCGAGGCCAAAUCCGUCGAGUUGUCCUCGCACCGCCACCGGAAGCGCUCGGCGGCAAGCUCACGGGCGUCGCCGCUGUCGCCAUGGCAACCAACACAACCCGCGUGACCGGGCGCCUUCAAACCUUCGACCUCCCGAUAACGUGAGCUCAAAGUGCGUCGUCAAUCAUAUUGAAAGGGGACCUCGGAGCGAGUUUGAUCCACAAGCUUUCCGGAGGCUUCCGUCUCCCGGCCGGCGCUGUCGUUGCGCCGCUCUUUCCGCUCGGGGGCGCCAGCGGCGGCCCCUCGGGGGCUGGGUGAAACCACUUCAAGUGAAGCGAGCGCGACGUGAGGAGAGCCACGGGGGAGUGGGAGUGGGAGUGGGAGUGGGUGUUCCUAACGGGGGGGCCCCGGGCGGGGCGGGUCCGGCGGCAUCCCGCGGCACAGACGAGCGAGCGAGCGAGCGAGCGAUGGCCACCGCGGACGAGCGCAGCCAGCAGCGGCCGGCGCAGGACGAGGGCGGGGGCGGCCCGCGGGACCAGGACCCGCUGAGCCUGGCCCGCGCGCUCACCGGCUUGGUGCUGUGCGCCCUGAUCGUGUCCACGCUGCUGGGCAACACGCUGGUGUGCGCCGCCGUGGUCAAGUUCCGCCACCUGCGCUCCAAAGUCACCAACUCCUUCGUCAUCUCGCUGGCCGUGUCCGACCUGUUCGUGGCCGUGCUGGUCAUGCCGUGGCGCGCCGUGUCGGAGGUGGCGGGCGCGUGGCUCUUCGGCCGCUUCUGCGACACGUGGGUGGCCUUCGACAUCAUGUGCUCCACCGCGUCCAUCCUCAACCUGUGCAUCAUCAGCAUGGACCGCUACUGGGCCAUCUCCAACCCCUUCCGGUACGAGCGCAAGAUGACGCGCCGCUUCGCCUUGGUCAUGAUCGGCGUGGCGUGGACGCUGUCCAUCCUCAUCUCCUUCAUCCCGGUGCAGCUCAACUGGCACCGGGACGCGGCGUCGGCGGCGGUGCGCGCCGCCGCCGCCGACGACGACGACGACGGGCGCGACGACUGCAACGCCAGCCUGAACCGGACCUACGCCAUCGCCUCGUCCCUCAUCAGCUUCUACAUCCCCGUGCUCAUCAUGGUGGGCACGUACACGCGCAUCUUCCACAUCGCGCAGACGCAGAUCCGCCGCAUCUCCUCGCUGGAGCGGGCGCCGGCCCCGCCCCAGGACGAGAGCGCCCUCAAAAGUUCCUUCAAGCGGGAGACCAAAGUGCUGAAGACGCUGUCGGUCAUCAUGGGCGUGUUCGUCUUCUGCUGGCUGCCCUUCUUCGUGCUCAACUGCGCGGUCCCCUUCUGCCAGGCGGCGGACUGCGUCAGCGACACCACCUUCAGCAUCUUCGUGUGGUUCGGCUGGGCCAACUCGUCGCUCAACCCGGUCAUCUACGCCUUCAACGCCGACUUCCGCAAGGCCUUCUCCACCAUCCUGGGCUGCAACCGGCUGUGCUCCGGCUCGCCCGUGGAGGCCGUCGACUUCAGCAACCAGCUGGUGUCCUACCACCACGACACCACCGCGCCCAAGGAAGCCGCCGCCGUCCCGCCGCCCGCCGGGCCCCGCCGCCACCGCUUCGACCAAGUCUCGGUGCUCUCGGACGACUCACGGAGCCGCGCCGACCCGCCGCCGCCGCCGGCCGUCCCGCAGAGCGAGGCGGACAUCUCUCUGGACAUGACGCCCUUCGGUGACUCCUACACCCUCCCGGGUCAAGUGCGGGACCAGUGACCCUCGUCGCCGUUGCUUUAAUAAUCCCUUUGUCUCGCCUGUUACCUUUGACCCAGAACUGGGAUGAAAAGAAUCCGUUUUUGCAUUUUUUUUCCGUUUCCAUCCCUUUUCUUCAGAAACGGGACACGAUUUCAAAUUGACAAUGUAGAAACUCCACAAAAAGAAACGGAUUAGGAUUCCUUUCCCGCUGCAAAAACGUCAACCGUUCGAGUCCAAAGUCACGGCAGACGUUUGCGAAUGUCUGAUUUCGAUCAAAUAAUCAGUUCUCUUUCCGUUGACCUCGACAAAUGGGAACAUCCGGAAGACUUGGACAAUUCGAAGCUAAACACGUUUUGUAGACAACUCGUCCGUGAUCGGGAUUGUCGUUGUCCAUCCAUCCGUCCUCUACGGCAGAUCCAGAGUCGGGGCGAGGGGGCAGUCGCUUCAGCCGGGAUACCCCGACUUCCCUUUCCCCAGCCGCUUCAUCCAGCUCUUCAAGUGGGGGGGGGGGGGAUCCCGAGGGAGGCGUUCCCAAGCCAGCCGUCUCUCCGGCGUGUCUUGGGUCGUCCCGGGGGGGUCUCUUUCCGGAACCCCUCACCAGGGAGGCUGGCUCCUCUCGAUGCAGAGGAGCAGGGGACCAACUCUGAGCCCCUACAGGAUGAGCGAUUGUGACUGCUCUCUCUGAGAUUGGCUGGCAACCAGUACAGGGUGUACCAGGCCCCGGCUCCAGCACUCCCGUGACCCUCGUGAGGAUAAGUGGCUCAGAAAAUGGAUGGAUGGAAUGUUAACAUGAAAAAAUGAGAAUUGAUCUUUUUGUAAAUGAAAACGCAAAACAGUGGACGUUUUUUCUUGCCCUCAUCUCCAAACGAUUUGGUCCACACAGGAUUAUUUAAAAAAAAAAAAAAAAUCCAAUCUGGCAUCCGAGCACAAAACCAAAAACAAAAUUCAGACGGCGGCAACUUUCAUUUGGUGGCUUCUCCACCGUCGCGCGAUGAAAGCGGCGCCAAAGAUGAAAGCGAAAACCUCCGAAGGCCUCACGGCGGCCGCCCGGGCUUCUUCAACUUUGACCCCCGCCGGCUCUUCAAAGCUUUUCCUUUGCUUGGAAAUUGCCACACGUGCGCUUUUCAUAUUUUGAAUGUUGGAACGUGACCGCGGCGAUGAGGGGAAGUGCAUCUUCUUGUCAGGGGGACGACACGCACGUACUGCACAUUCUUUGACGCAACCCUGCAGUGAUCUCUCGCCCUAAAAACAUAUUCACGUUUGUCAUAUUAAUAUAUUGAUUUGGCGGCACGGUGGCGCGACCGGUUAGCACAUGUACCUCCCACUUGUGAGGACUGCGGUUCAAAUCCCAACCUGGCCCGUGUGGAGUUUGCACGUUACCCCCGCACCCGCGUGGCUUUCCUCCCCAAAACAUGCAGGCGAGGCCCAUUGAAGACGCUUAACAAUCCAAGUUUCGUUUUAAUACAUUUUUGGUGAUUAUUAGAGUUAGAAUUAAACAGAGAAAAAUAAUCAACUAGCAAAUUUAAAAAGUAAAUGAAAAACGAUCAAUCCUUCCAUUUUAUUUGCAGGUAAACAAAUGCAAAUUGUAACUUAAAAAAAAAAAAAAAAAAAUCUCACCCAGGGGCGGCACGGUGGGUCAGCCGGUAAAGCGUCGGCCUCACACUUCUGAGGACCCGGGUUCAAUCCCGGCCCCGCCUGUCUGGAGUCUGCAUGUUUGCCGUCUGGCUUUUCUCCGGGCACAUCCCAAAAACAUGCAACAUUAAUUGAACGCUCUAAAUUGCCCAUAGGUGUGAUUGUGAGUCUGUCUGUCUGUUUGUCUCAACGUGCCCCGCGAUUGGCUGGCGGGCGACCAGUUCAGGCUGUGCCCGUUGACAGUUGGGGUAGGCUCCAACACUCCCCGUGAUCCUCGUGAGGAUAAGCGGCGAAGAAAAUAAAUGGAUGGAUAA